UGACCGAUGACUUACUUUUUUUUUAUUCAAGCUUUCACUGUCAAUGUUAAACGUUAAAGUCUGGACUACAACAAUCAUGCCGUUCAGGAAUGCUUGUCGUCUCUUUGUGGGUGUCAUCAUUUACAUCUCAGGUGUUAAUGGAGGAGAAACCAGGAUCUGUGCUCUCAAAGGUUCAUCGGUGGAUCUGCACUGCUCACAUCAACAUCUGACUUCAAGCACCAAAUGGUUCACUAUCCAAUGGAAGGGAAAUUAUGUUCAGAGUGAGCUCUCUGUGGAUGGACAACGUGUAACGUACAACAUGUCUGAAGAGAAAAACCAAACUUUAACCAUCAGUGAUCUAAGAGAGAGUGAUGCAAACUCUUACUGCUGUAUGAAGACUACAGACAGUCCACAACUCUGUUGGCUCAACAGAAUUAGUCUUCAAGUAGUUGCAGGGCUGCAGGUAAAGGUGAUUCCUGCCACAGAGGGACAGACAGUAACAUUGAUGUGCAGCAGCAGCUGUCCUCUGACUGAAAAGCCUGCAGCCUACAUCUGGUACAAGAACAGAGAGUUUCUCUAUGAGGACUGGUCUCCCUGGUACCAAGAGCUGCUCAGCAGUGAGGAAGCAGUCACAUACUCCUGUGCUGUCAAAGGCUACGAGGAUCUCAGAGCCCCUGAAGUCUCUGUGGAUUCAAUAACAAAGACAUGUUUCAGAGUGACUUGUGCUUAUGGAAACCUUUCUUCCCACAAUCAGACAUUAGUGGAUGAGCCGUGCUCCAUCACAUAUCCCAGAGAGGUUCAUGUUCAAAGAACUUCUUCCGUCUCGGGGUUUGUCACACUGACCUGUAUCACCAGCUGUAACCUGACUAACCAUCAAACUGGCUACGUGUGGUAUCACAACAAACAAAACUAUUAUGAGAAUCAAGAUUAUUCAGUUGAUAACUCUUCAAGAGACACAUUCUCUUGUGUUCAGGAUAAAAACUGCUGGAGAGUGAAUUAUGUCAGCAGGAGAAUCUGUGCUCUGGAAGGAUCUUCACUGAACAUCACACGUGAAUACUCACAUCCUGAUAACAUGAAGCCAGAGUUUAAAUGUUGGAGUAAAAAAUGCAGAAAAGAUAAAGUGGAAGUUGAAGAGCUGAUUGAGGCUGCAGGUCGUGUGGAGUAUCAGGACAGCAUGAAGAACCAACACAUCCUGACCAUCAACAACCUGAAGAAGAAUGACUCAGGAGGAUACACAUUCAGAUUCCAGAAAGAUCAUGAAGGAUGGACACAGUCUGAUCUGCCUGGAGUCUUUUGA